AUGAACUCCGGGAUGAUGCUAUAUGCCCUAACAUGUCGGAUGAAACCAGGCCGAGGGUGUGUUCUGAGAGAAGCCAUGUUGUUGUUGAGACGUUCGUUAGCUGUCUUCUCUGGGAACAUGGCUUCUCUGGGAACACACCCUCCGCCUGGUUUCAUCCGACAUAAAGGGCAUUACACGGAUCUGGCAAACACGGUUUCAGAGAACGCUUCCGUGCCAGAUGUGAUGAAUGGAUUGCACAAAAUCAAGUUCUUAAAGAAAGUCAUUGGAGAACUUCUUGCUGGAUCAGAAGGUUUACAGAGAGUUAAGAGUCUUGUGGUUGUCGGAGAAUAUGGUGUGGGGAAGACAACAUCGUGCCAAAUGAUAUUCAACAAAGAAGAAGUGAGGAGAACUUAUGCUCCGAUGAUUUGGGUGUCUAUGCACAGCGAUGAACCUAAAGAGGGCUUAGGUGGGAAGAUAUGUGUCCUGAAGAAGAUCUUGAAGGGUCUUGGAGUUGAAGAUUCCAUGCUGGGGUCGAUCAAAACAGAGGCGGAAGAAGAGUGCAGGAACAAGCAGGAAGCUGGAGAAAGUGAUGGAGAGACAGCGGAAGAGAAGGAGCUCUCUGCUCUGCUCUAUGCACUUCACUCGGAUCUGAGGUGGAAAAAGUAUCUGAUUGUGUUUGAUGAUGUGCGAGAAGAAGACAACUGGGACGAGAAGAUCGGGAUCGAUGAGGAGCAACUCGAGGGAAUGAAAUGGGGAGCUCAUCUUUCAGAUGGAUUUCCUAAAGGGUCUGGUGGGAGAGUCAUAUACUUUUUAGGGCUGAUAAAGCAUUUCAAGAUCGAGAGAUGGUUCAUUAAGGUCUAUAAGUAG